AUGGACAUCAUCCAGGAUUCAUCUGCUCUGAGAACUUCGGAUGAGAAUAUCCAUAAGAAUCGGGAUGAACAUGUUUUGUCCAGGGACCUGAGUCCCCUAAUCAUCUUGACUAUCCAAGCGAUGACUAGGAAAAUGUUUUGAACUGUGAGCCUCAUAAGCUCUUGUCUUAUCCAGACAGACAAUGAUCAAACCAACAAUGCCGCCUUCCCAAACCCAGUCGUCUCUUCUGGUCUUGCCCAAACACAUGCUUCUUCACAAGAAGUUCAGGCCAACCAGCUGCUCCUUGCAGAGUGA